AUGAGCUGGCUCAUCCUGCCCAAGGUCCUGUACAUGCUGUACUUUGGCGGUACUGGCGCCGUCUUCGCCUUUCUGCCCGUCUUCUUCAAGGAUGCCAAGCACCUGACCUACACGCAUGUUGGGCUGGCUGGCAUGGCCAUUCCCUUUGCCAAGUUUGCUGCCGCUCCCGUUCUCUCGGGCAUUGCCGAUAAGCUGCGCAUCCACCGAGCCAUGCUCAUCGGCUGUGUCCUGGCCAGUCUCGUUCUGCGCGUCUCGCUCCUUUUCAUGAACGACUUUCCUCGCAUCAUCUUGACCAUUGUGGCCGCCGAGUCCUUUGGCUCGGUUGGUGGCCCUAUCUUUGAGAACGGUGUCCUCGAACUCCUGCCAGAUAAAAGCAUGUACGGCCGACAACGCCUCUUUGGCGCUAUUGGGUUUGGUACCGCCGUCUUGGUCUCCGGCCUGGCCGUCACGCACGCCCAUGUUUUUUGGCCCAUGUUUGCCAACCAGGGCGUGUUGUGGGUGCUCUUCCUCGCAUUGAGCACCCGAUUGGCCCUGCCCUCCGACCCAGGCUUUCGAUCGCGUCACGAUAAGGUCUUUCCCCAGGACGAGGAGACCGCGGACAGCGCCCACGACCAGCGACCCGACGCUAUUGAAAUGGCGUCCGCCACCGACCAAGACGACACCAAGGCCGACGCACGCAUCGACAACGCACCCACAGCCUCGACUGGCAAACAGCCAGCGCCCCAGCAAGCCGCUCUCAUUGAGAUUCUUCACGUCAUGACCAAGGACGCGUAUACCACCAUUUUUUUCCUGACCAUCGCCCUCUCCGGCUUUGGCGCUGGAAUUAUUGACAACUACCUCUUCAUCUACAUCGAGGAGUUGGGGGGUACCAAAACCAUUCAGGGCAUGGCCCGCUUUGUCAUGUGUGCGGCAGAAGUACCCAUGUUCUGGUAUUCGGGGGCCAUCUUUGAUCGCCUGGGCACCACGGGCUGCUUGGUCGUGACGUUUUGCGCCUUUAUUGUGCGCUUCCUGAUUUAUGCCUUUAUGAGCAAUCCUUGGCUAGUGGUGGCUUCCGAGCCACUCCAUGGUCUGACAUUUGCUGUCAUGUGGACGGCCGCUACGCGGCAAGCCUUUGCCAUUGCCCCUCAAGGGCUCGGCACCACCAUGCAAGGCAUCGUGAGCGGGCUGCACUUUGGUCUUGGCUCGGGUAUGGGUGCGCUGGUUGGUGGCUUUGUGUAUGAGAGCAAGGGUGCCUUCUCGACGUUUAUGCUCGCCGUUGGCACGGCAUCAUCCAGCCUGGUGCUGCUUCUUAUUGCCGAGUGGACUCGCUGGCGAAAGAACAGAUGCAAUGGCUUCAACCCGGCCGCCGCAGGCGGACGUCAGCGCACCAGGAAUGGGUACGUCGAGCUGCAUGGGACAUGA